AGACCAACACCACCACCACCACCAAGGCAAAGAAAGAAAGAAAGAAGAACAUCAAGCUAUGUCAUUCUCAUUCAAGAUCGAGAGAUCCUCAACAACAGCAACAACAACAAACAAAAGACCAUCAACGCAGAACAACAGUCGACAGAACUCAAACCAUCUCAACCCAGACUCAUCCGAUGAAGACCACCACGCAGACGAACAUCGAAAUAGGAAGAAGAGACCUAUCGAGUUCAUCUCUGACUUCGACUCUACUCGGGAGUCAACGAAUCCACACGGCCGGACAAAGCAACAGAUGAUCUCGAUCCCAGCACUACCUGACCGAGACUUCCGAGCGAUCCAUCUAGCCAGGAAGCAGAAACGGGCACAGAAGGAAUUGUACCGACCCGAGCCCGUCAAUUCGAUGGGCGGAGCUCCCAAAAAGCAGUCCAAUCAGGACAACAUUAAUACCGAAGGACUCGAUAAGAUGAAUUCGAAGGUUAUCGAAGGCGGUCUCAAAGCUCCCCCAACGCUCAAAUCAACACGGAAGAUUGAAGAACACGUACCCGUAUCGGAAUCCAUUGAAGCUGUCGAAAUUUUUGAGACUGUCAUUUCUACAACAACAGACAAACCACUGACGAUUGAAGAACGCGCAGUCAAGGAAUUACUCUCCCAAGCGAAUGUCGAUUCAACCAACCAGCCCAAGAUUGAAGCGAUUCCGAUGAGGAACGAAGCUCGACAGGAUACGGGUUCGGAUGGAGUAGAAGAAGAAGAUGAAGGCGAUGAUUCAGGAGAAUCCGGGGAUGAGACGGCCCAGUUUCGGAAAGAUGUCUCGAAACGACCGGAUUCAUCGACACUAGAGGAUUACGAGCGGAUCCCUGUUGGACAAUUCGGCCUGGCCUUGCUGAAAGGAAUGGGUUGGAAGGAGGGCACCGCGGCCACCAAACGAGGAAGAGCAGGCUUGGUCGAGGCUUACGUGCCUCAAGCUCGGCCUAGUCUCUUGGGGAUCGGCGCGAAGCCUCUCGUACUCGAUGGAGAGCCGGCUGAUAAAUACAAAGUCAAGCCCAUCUCACACAAAGACACAAAAUACAAGGACGAAAAACAUAGAGGGGAAAGAUAUAAGGAGGAAAGAAACAAAGAUGAAAGAUACAAAGAUGAAAGAUACAAAGAUGAAAGAUACAAAGAUGAAAGAUAUAAAGAGGAACGAUAUAAAGAGGAACGAUACAAAGAGGAACGAUACAAAGACCGAAAAUAUACAGAGGGAAAAUCCGAGCGAAGAAGACGAUGAUAUGUCACCCGUUUCUGACAAGCUUCAUAUGCACUUUCAGCUCUGCACCCACCCUACUGUGAUCAAUUUAUUCUCAACCCGAAACCUCAACCACUUCUUGCAAUCUUCCACACCGAGCCACCAUCCCACUCACAGUCCUCAGGCUCUUACCAGAAAUAUUAAAUCAACCAUGCUGUAUUUUACUACUUGUUUUUCCGUUGUUUUGUCUAUAAUAAUACUCACUCAUGGCCACAAAACCGGCCUUUGCACUCCUGAUCUGCAAGCUUGGGGGUGACUUCCAAAGGCCCGAAUUUAUGUGUACAUAUUGCACUGUUUAUAAAUGUUACCUGAAGUGCGAUCAGCACACAAUUUUAUUAGCAUUUGGCUGAUCACCUUCCAGUUGACAACUUUUGAGAAGUUAGG